AACAAAAUAAUAUACAGAUCAUUAAUUCAUAUGCUAAUAACAACAAUUCGAAAAACAUCAAUUCUAAUGAUAUAGACAAUCAUAAUAUAGAGCCUAAUCAUAAUGACCAAAAUAAUGAUAAUUAUGAUAAUAAGCAGGAGAAGUUUAGUGAAUCUGCAAAAUCAGAUUAUAGUGAUAGGAAUGAAGAGGUUAAUAUAGAAGAUCUAAUUAGAAUGCUUUUCGAAAGAGUUUUCGUAAAUAAUUCGUGGAUAUGUGUAUUACUAAUUGAAAAUCUAUAUUAUUUAGCAGUUAUAUAUCCUGAUAUAUGCUAUAAUUGUAGUGGUGCUGAAAAUUUGAAGACAACAAAAGAUGAACAAUCUAUAAAACUUUCAUUUUUUUUUAGUCAAAAUUUACUCACCGAUUUUAAAGCAGAUU